AUGGAUGCGGUGUUUUCUAAUAACGUGGGGAGUGAGCAACGGUCUGAGGGGGAUGGGUCGGAGCACAGCUCCUCCAGAAGUGGAGUUGGAGGAGGGAUGUUUGAGUAUUUUGGGUGGGUGUAUCAUCUGGGUUUGAAUAAGUUAGGGCAUGAGUAUUGUCACCUCCGGUUUCUCUUCAUCCGGGGCAAGUAUGUGGAGAUGUACAAGCGUGAUCCUCACGAGAACCCCGGCAUUAGACCCAUCCGGCGGGGUGCUGUUGGGCCUACACUGAUGGUAGAGGAGCUCGGGCGCCGAAAGGUCCAGCAUGGAGGCAAGGGUGGGGAUAUUUAUGUUCUACGGUUUUACAAUCGAUUGGAUGAAACAAAAAAGGGAGAAAUUGCUUGUGCUACGGCUGGAGAAGCCCAAAAAUGGAUGGAGGCAUUUGAUCAGGCCAAGCAACAGGCUGAGUAUGAGCUUGCAAGAGGAGCUAGUGCCAGAAAGAAACUGAACAUGGAAGAGGAGAUUGAUCUUGAAGGGCAUCGACCUAGAGUAAGGCACUAUGCACAUGGAUUGAAAAGGCUUAUAAAAAUUGGGCAAGGCCCGGAGACGCUCUUGCGCCAAUCCUCAAGCUUGGGCCCAAAUAGCUCAGAGGCGUACUUUCAAACGGACUUUGGAGAUGCAGUUGAGGCAUAUGAGUGGAAAUGCGUGAGAACAGUUAAUGGUGUUAGAAUAUUUCAAGAUGUUGCUAACACUGAGAGUGGUAAAGGUGUUAUCGUCAAGGCUGUUGGUGUUAUUGAAGCAACUGCAGAUACUGCUUUUGAAGUGAUUUUAAACACUGCUCGACAUCAGAGAUAUGAGUGGGAUACGCUGACGGGUGACUUAGAGCUGAUAGAUUCUUAUGAUGGAUACUUUGAUGUUGUCUAUGGGACAUUUGAUCCUAUGUAUCUUUCUCGGUGGCAUUCCAAGAAAGAUUUUCUGUUUUCUAGGCAAUGGUUCCGAGGACAAGAUGGAACAUAUACAAUCUUGCAAUUCCCAGCAAUUCAUAAGAAGAAGCCUAAGAGGUCUGGAUAUCAUCGUACAAAAAUAAAUCCAUCUAGUUGGGAGAUUAGAAAUUUGAACGCAUCCAUGGGUUCAAAUACUCCACGAUGUCUUGUCACACAAAUGGUGGAGAUACCUUCUAAGGGCUGCUGGAGAUGGAAGAAAAAUCACUUCUCAAACUUUGAAAAGAGUGUACCUUAUGCAUUGUUGUGUCAAGUGGCAGGUCUGAAGGAUUAUAUUGGAGCAAAUCCUGCACUCAAAUUCAAAUCCGCUGCUUCCGUUAUCAAAUCGAAAGUACCUGACGGUCACGUUUCCAAUGCUGAAUAUGAGGCUGAGGCAGUGCAGGAUGAGUUUUAUGAUGCAAUUUCAGCGGGCUCUUCAUCUUCUGAUGAAGAAAGUGAGAGUGAUGAGCUUGACCAGAAGGAUGCAAAAGUGAAACUGAAGAAUGUUGCAUGGGCCAUCUCGAGCUUAGCUCUGAAGCGAGCUUCAAUUGCAAAUGCUAAUAAAGAACUGGAUCCCAAAGCAGCUCCUAUCACAAUUGACACAAAGCAGUUCCAUGGUUCCUUCUGCAAAGGGAAGGAUGAGGCCGACACAAACUGUUGGACAUCUCCAAGUGGUGUGGGAUUUAUGAUCAGAGGAAAGACCUACCUAGAGGACAAUUCGAAGGUAAAGGGAGGAGAUCCACUUCUCAAGCUCAUAGCAGUAGAUUGGUUCAAAGUUGAUAAAAGCAUAGAUAGGUUUGCACUGCAUCCCAGGUGCCUUAUUCAGUCAGAAGCUGGAAAGAAGCUUCCUUUUGUGCUAAUCUUUAAUCUCCAGGUUCCAGCAAAACCAAACUAUAGUUUGGUACUUUACUAUGCUGCUGACAGACCUCCCAAUCCAAAUUCUUUGUUUGCUAAGUUUGUGGAUGGGAGUGACAUGUUUCGCGAUGCAAGAUUAAAAUUAAUUCCAAGUAUUGCUGAAGGAUAUUGGAUGGUCAAGCGUGCUGUUGGAACAAAAGCUUGCCUACUGGGGAAAGCUGUAUCCUGCAAAUAUCUCAGACAAGAUAAUUUUCUAGAAAUUGAUGUGGAUAUUGGAUCGUCAUCCGUGGCGAGGAGUAUCAUCGGACUUGUCCUUGGAUAUGUCACGAACAUAGUGGUUGACCUUGCAAUUUUGAUAGAGGCAAAGGAGGAAGAAGAGCUGCCUGAGUAUAUUCUUGGGACUGUUCGACUCAACCGUGUGAAGCUUGAGUCUGCUGUUCAUUUGGAGGUUUGA